AGCCAGCAGCAUGGCCGCUACCUAGGAGUAGUCAUGGUUCGACCGUGACGCGAUUUCCACGCCAAAGGAGGCGUUGUCCUACCGGCGGGUUCAUUCCUACGUUAAACCGGGGGAUGAGAUCACCCAAGCUGUCAUUUUAACGGCAUUAUUUUAUUAUUUUGUGGUUUUAGCUCAGACUUUUAAUAUUAUUUUAUCAACAUGAUCAAGAACGGUCACCACACAUCGAAUGAGCAGGGAAUAGAGAGCGGUGCUAAGCAGGGAGACUUGGCUUGCAGCCCAGAGAAGAGGAAGCGAUCUGUCCGGGUGUGGUGUGAUGGCUGUUAUGACAUGGUGCACUACGGCCACUCCAACCAGCUGAGACAGGCUAAGGCCAUGGGAGAUUACCUCAUCGUUGGAGUACAUACAGAUGAAGAGAUCUCGAAGCACAAGGGUCCUCCUGUCUUCACCCAGGCAGAGAGGUAUAAGAUGGUGCGGGCUAUCAAGUGGGUGGAUGAGAUCGUAGAGGGUGCUCCCUACGUCACCACACUGGACACACUGGACAAAUACAACAGUGACUUCUGCGUCCACGGAGAUGACAUCACUCUGACGGUGGACGGUAAGGACACGUAUGCGGAGGUGAAGAGAGAGGGCCGCUACCGGGAGUGUAGACGCACCCAGGGGGUCUCCACCACAGACCUGGUGGGCCGCAUGCUGCUCAUGACUAAAACCCACCACAGUAACAUCGACAACUCAGACUACCAACAGCACACGGACAACUUUGGGAAGGGUCCUAAGGGUCACAGUCCAUGGACAGGAGUGUCCCAGUUCCUCCAGACUUCCCAGAAGAUCAUCCAGUUUGCCUCAGGAAAGGAGGCCCAACCUGGGGACACCAUCAUCUACGUAGCCGGGGCCUUCGACCUCUUCCACAUUGGUCAUGUUGACUUCCUGGAGACGGUCUACAAACAGGCUGAGAGGCCUUACGUCAUCGUGGGACUGCACUUUGACCAGGAAGUGAAUCGCUACAAAGGGAAGAACUACCCAAUCAUGAACAUCCACGAGAGAACCCUGAGUGUCCUGGCCUGCAGGUAUGUAUCAGAGGUGGUGAUUGGGGCUCCCUACGCUGUGGGUAAAGAUCUGCUGGACCACUUCAAGGUGGACCUGGUGUGUCAUGGGAAGACAGAGGUGUUUCCUGACAGGGACACUGCAGACCCUUAUGCUGAGCCUAAGAAGAGAGGUAUCUUCCGUACAGUAGACAGUGGUAACGGUUUGACCACCGAUGACAUCGUACAGAGAAUCAUCAAGAACCGGCUGCUGUUUGAGGCAAGGAACCAGAAGAAGGAGGCCAAGGAGAUUGCGGUGUAUGAGGCGAUGAAAAGCCAGGCAGAGGGAGAGCAGGCCGGGGACUCGGCCCAGGCAGCACAGUAACCAGAUCAAACUAGUUCAAACCAGACCCAGCUGUCCCAAAACUGAUCCUAACCCCGAGUUUCUCAAACUAGAGAAACUCUGAAAUAACUUGUUUUUUAAAACUGCGUUUGGUUCAUAGAACUGGGGUUAAGUCAGUAACCUCCGGUAGCUGCUAGAUGCCGUUGUCAUAGUGACAGCGGUUUUGGUUUUCUUUCUUCCUGAACGGUUUAAUCCACAGUUUCCCUCCUCAAUACCCAGAAGCCUCAGAACAGAGUGGACAAGACCGGGCACUAUAAUCAGACUGGAGGAAAAAUAACAAUCACUGGUGUUAUUUUCUACUCAGCGGAUCAAACUAAAUGAUUGGCUGAGGAUCUUCUGAACUUCCCAAUACCUUCCUGAUGCAUUUGUCACUUCAAACAAUCCUUCAUAUUGAAACACUGUCAAAUGUACUGUCAACUGAUUUGUAAUAGUCGGUUAUAGUCCCAGUUUAAGAACCAAACAUUGGCUGUUGAUUUCAUCACCUUUUUUUAAAAUGACAAAAUGGGGUCACGGAACCAAAAAGUUUGGGAACCCCUGUCCUAACCAGUUCUAAAUGAUUCAAACACGACCCGAACCGGGUCAGACUGAACCGAGCCAGCCCAAACCAGUCUAGUCCUACUACUUGUACUGUAUACACAUCCUUUAGUGAAGCAUUGCCUGUUAGCCCGUCCUAGACCGGCUUUACCCCCCCAGUCCACAACGGGACAAACUCAUUCCACCGACGGCCGAGUGUCUGCGGGUUUUCACUCCCUUGUACUUGAUUGAUGAAUUAAGGUCAGUAAUUAGUAAGGAACUCCCCUCACCUGGUUGUCUAGGUCUUAACUGAAAGGAAAAACCAGCGGACACUAGGCCCUCCAUGAAAUGAGUUUCCACCUGACCCAAACCGGAUCAGACCAGAUCAAACUGCAGAAACAGACUUUAACCAAGACUCAAACCAAGACACCUCCUCUCCUUCACCAGCUAAGGAGAACACAAAAAUAACCCUCUUCCCUCUGUCAGUGGAGGCUGCUGAGGGGAGGAUGGCCCAUAAUAACGUCUGGAGUGGAAUAUCUGGAAUGGACUGUGUUAAAUCUUAUCCCACUUUCAGGCAGAAAGAAAGGAGAGGAGAGGCGAGGAGAGGAGAGGAGAGGAGAGGAGAGGAAGAGAAUCCAAAGUGUGACUGAUGAAAAAGAGAACAUUGAGAGAUUUGUGAAGAAGAGAGGAAAGUCUAUGUAGUUGUGUGUGUACUGUAUAUUUAGUAGGGCCUUCUCGUCUGAUCUACCAAAUGGCACACUAUUCCCUAUGGACCCUGGUCAAACGGCCACUGACCCCAGCCCUGCGCUUACGGCCGCUGACCCCAGCCCUGCGCUUACGGCCGCUGACCCCAGCCCUGCGCUUACGGCCGCUGACCCCAGCCCUGCGCUUACGGCCGCUGACCCCAGCCCUGCGCUUACGGCCGCUGACCCCAGCCCUGCGCUUACGGCCGCUGACCCCAGCCCUGCGCUUACGGCCGCUGACCCCAGCCCUGCCGUUACGGCCGCUGACCCCAGCCCUGCCGUUACGGCCGCUGACCCCAGCCCUGCCGUUACAGCCGCUGACCCCAGCCCUGCCGUUACAGCCGCUGACCCCAGCCCUGCCGUUACAGCCGCUGACCCCAGAACACAUACAUGCCAGAGUUGGCGUAGCUGCUCCGCCUGAAGUGUCCCCACUUGCGCUGUCGAAUAACUGGCUGUUCUGUGGCGUGACCGGUACGACUCUCCAGGUGGCCUGUCACGGGUGUUUUGAGGCAGAGGUCUUGGGUUCGCGCCUCGCUAGGAGCUGACUCGGGAGGAAGGUGGUGCUCUUUAAGCAAGCAGCAUGACCUCCUUCACAUCGCUAUGGGUCGGGGUCCUGUCCACUAUCUCUUCAAUACAUUUAACUAGUGUACGAUAUAGGGAGUCAUUUCAGAUGCAGCCCUCUGUCUUGUAUGGAACAUGAUGAUUCAGCCCUCUGUCUUGUAUGUAACAUGAUGAUUCAGCCCUCUGUCUUGUAUGUAACAUGAUGAUUCAGCCCUCUGUCUUGUAUGUAACAUGAUGAUUCAGCCCUCUGUCUUGUAUGUAACAUGAUGAUUCAGCCCUCUGUCUUGUAUGUAACAUGAUGAUUCAGCCCUCUGUCUUGUAUGUAACAUGAUGAUUCAGCCCUCUGUCUUGUAUGUAACAUGAUGAUUCAGCCCUCUGUCUUGUAUGUAACAUGAUGAUUCAGGACUCUGUCUUGUAUGUAACAUGAUGAUUCAGCCCUCUGUCUUGUAUGUAACAUGAUGAUUCAGGACUCUGUCAAUGUUUUCUUGUUUUUAAUGUGUUGGUAUGUGGAUAAUUAAUUUAAAACAUUUUUUAGAGUAAUGGACAAUGAAUGGGGAGUCAACUGUGUGUGUGUGUGUGUGUGAGAGAGAGAGACUGUUUUAAAGGGAGUGUGUGUGAAUGAGAGAUGAAUACCAAAACAAAUGGGCAUGUAUAUUGUGUGGCUCCACCCCUCUAAAGUUGCUCUGUAAAUCUGUCCAUUCAUUGUCUGGUAAUGACAAGAAAAUACAAAAUA